AUGGCAAAGCCAGACCACUCUGAAAGGACAGCGACCGAGCCUCGCGACCCGUCGCUGCACACGGUCAUUCUCAAGCAGAUCGAGGAGGUCAACCCCACCAUCCGCACCUUCCGCCUGGCCAUCCCACCGCCUGUGGGUAGCAUCAAGUUCCUCCCAGGGCAGUGGCUAGACGUCUUCGUGCCAGGCGUGAGCAAGCCAGGCGGCUUCACCAUCACCUCAGCGCCCUCAAGGGCCCAGAAGAAGCCGCCGCCCGCCAGCGCCCCAGCCGACGGUGACGGCGCCGCCCCGCCCGCCCAGCUGCCCUACCUCGAGCUCGCCGUGCAGAAGUCGCCCGACAACCCCGCGGCGCAGUACCUCUGGAGGCCCACGGAAGAGAUCCUGUCCUCUGAGCUGCGCGUCCGCGUCGGCGGCAGCUUCGUCUGGCCGCCUCCUGGGGUCCAGCCUAUGACGUUGCGCAAGGUCGUCUUCGUCGCCGGCGGCGUGGGCAUCAACCCGCUGAUGAGCAUUGUGAGCCACCUCGCCGAGCGCCCCGACCCGCGGCACACAGUUGAGUUCCUGUACUCAACGAAAGACCCGGGCGAGAACCGACGAGACGCCAAGAAGAUUCUGUUCCUGGACCGACUCUCUGGAAUUUUCAACGGCGACGGUCGUGUUAAAGGGAGCCUGGGGUUGUUCUUGACGCCUUCUAGCAGCGUUAGUGCCACCGGGGACCAAGAGAGUCAGGAGAACGUUGACGAUAACUUGGGCGUCCCGUUCAAGCAGCGCCGGAUCACUAUUGACGACGUCGCGGAGGCCAUUGGUGAUGACAAGAGGCUUGCUGUUGUCUAUGUCUGUGGGAUCCCGGCGAUGACUGACGAGUUUGUCGAGAAGUUGACUUCUCCGGAGGGACUGGGCCUAGAGCCUCAUCGGGUUCUUUACGAAAAAUGGUGGUAG